UCCAGCUCCGGCCCCUCGCCAUGGAGCCGGCCCACGAGGAGUCGACCGUCGACCCCCGCGGGGAGAGACAAGAGGUAGGAGCGGCGGCCAGCCCCAGUCCCGUCACCCGCCGCCCGGGCCGGAGCGGGGCAGGUCGAGCCCCCUGCUGCCUGUCCACCCUCCUCGGCGGCAGCCACCGGGAGGCAGCUCGAGGGAAGGGGCCGCCCAAGCCCCCGGUGGAAGCCCCAGUGGCCCGCAAGAAGAGCCGCACCCUCUACCGGGCAGACCAACUGGAGGAGCUGGAGAGGGUGUUCCGGGAAGAUCACUACCCAGACAGCGACAAGCGACGGGAGAUCGCCCUGUCCGUGGGGGUCACUCCGCAGCGCAUCAUGAUCUGGUUUCAGAACCGGAGGGCCAAGUGGCGGAAACUGGAGAAGCUGAAUGGGAAGGAGAAGAAGCCGGACGGUCCGGCCCCCGGUCCCGGCCUCGAUCACUGUGGCCCCGCCUCUGACCACCUGCCCCCGCUGCCGAUGGAUCCACUGCUCACUGGGUUUCCUCCCCACCCACUUGCGCCAGACCCUACGCCGCUGCUGGCCUACGACCCCCUUACUCCGGGGCUCCAGCCGAGGUCAGGGGGAACCCGGAGGGCGGAGGUGACGCCACCGCUUCCCAGCCCCCCGCCCAUUCGCAGGGCCAGCCUCCCGUUCCCCCUUGGCCCUUCCCGGAGCCCCCAUCUAGUGCCCCUGCUGCUGGACACCCCAACCGGUGGCUGCAGCCCCGAAGGGCCCUGGGGAACCAGCGUCGCCGCCUCUGCCUCCUGCUCUUACGUCGACCGGCCGGGCCCCGGGCCCUGCCCGGAGCCUCGGGGCUACCACCCUGGCAGGCAGCCUGGGGGCUUUCCGCUCCCCCAGUACCCCCCCAACCAGCUCCACCCCUUCCCCCUCCCCACCUCGAGCUUGGGGCUGCCCCCCAGCGCCCACCUGACCCCCCCACCGCCCGAAGCGCCGCCCGCCACUGCCUUCUUCGCCUUCGCUUAUGGAGCUGCGGGAGCCCCCCGGGGUGGAUAUUUCCCCGGCCCUCAAGGAGGGCAAACCCUGCUGCCGCUGCAGACUGAGAACCCAGGCGCCGUCACCGCCCUCCAGCCCGUCCCCUGGAGCGAUCCUUGCCUGCUGGGCGCCCCCUUCUCCAGCCAGCUGGGCCCGGGCCCCCAGGCCGGAGGGGACCGCUACCUCCUGGAGCCCGCUCCCUUCGGCGGUGCCGCUGCCGCCGGUAGCCAGCCGGCCCCCGGCUUGGCCCCCUUCCCCGGGGGGGCCCCGCUCGGCGACGGCGAGAAGCAGCCGGGGUUCAGCGCCCCGAGAGAGAGCCGCGACCCUGGCCCCGGCGGAGCCGCUUUUCCAGAGGAGACUGAGGAUUGAGAAAGAGAAGAGAGGAGGGACCAUACCUUGCUGAAACUCAGGGGGAAAAGGGGCUUCUGGGUUGUACCCCUGCCCCAGCGCUCCCCCCGUCUCCCUGCCCGCCGAGCCUCCCCCGGGCUGGGCCUUGGGCCUUUCUGUUGAGUCUUUCGCUUAUCCGUUGCCCGGAGUUGGGGCGGGGACUGUGUAAAAUGGUUCUCUUCUUCUU